AUGGUCCUCGAUCUCGGCUAUCCCACCGCUGCCACCAGAAAUGUUGUGCCGGACGCGGCACAGGGGAAGAAUGCAACUCAGGCAGCUAAAAAAAUUUGUGAUGUUUAUGGACAUGAUGCUGUAUCAAUACGUGUUGCACAAAUCUGGUUCAAGCGUUUUCAAUCUGGAAAUUUUAACGUCAAAGAUACACCUCGCUCUGGUCGACCGAUCACUGAAAAAGUCGAUGAAAUUAUGGAAAUAAUUGAACAAGACCGGCAUAUUAGCAGUCACGAAAUCGGUAAGCAACUGAACAUCGACCACAAAACAGUUUUAAACCAUUUGCAGAAAGCUGGAUACAAAAAAAAGCUCGAUGUUUGGGUGCCACAUGAUUUAACAGUCAAAAAUUUAAUGGAUCGAUUUUCUAUCUGCGAAUCAUUGUUAAAACGAAACGACAUCGAACCAUUUUUGAAACGGCUCAUAAUAGGCGAUGAAAAAUGGAUCACGUAUGACAAUAAUGUACGAAAAAGAUCGUGGACAAAGCGAAAUGAAGUUCCGCAAACUGUGGCAAAGCCAAAAUUGACGCCAAGAAAAGUGAUGCUGAGUGUGUGGUGGAAUUACAAAGGAAUCGUUCACUACGAGCUGCUGCCGUCCGGUCAAACAAUUGAUUCUAACCUUUACUGUCAACAACUGGAAAGAUUACGCCAGGCAAUUGAGAAAACGCGACCAGAAUUGAUCAAUAGGAAAGGCGUCGUCUUUCAUCACGACAACGCGAGACCUCAUGUAUCUAUAGCGACUCGUCGACGUGUCAAAAAUUAA